AUGUCGGCACUACCAAAGAACAAUCCGUACUUUUCCCUAGGCGGCAAGGAUAUCUGGUCAUUGAUCAACGAAACCGCUGCUGCAAAGGAGGCCGAUUCCGGCGAAAAGGUGGCAAACUUGGGGCAAGGGUUCUUUUCCUACUCUCCUCCAGAGUUUGCCAUCAAGGCUGCUCAGGAGGCUUUCACAAACCCAAUGGAUAACCAGUACGCACCAUCUGCCGGUAAGCCGCAAUUGAUUGAAGCAUUGAAGUCUCACUACUCGAAGAAGCUUGGACGUGAGUUGUCCAGCGGAGAGGUUGUGGUGACGACCGGUGCCAAUGAGGGUAUGUUGGCUGCGUUUUUUGGGUUCAUCAGUCCUGGCGACGAGGUGAUUGUAUUCCAGCCUUUCUUCGAUCAGUACAUCUCGAACAUUGAGAUGCCUGGCGGAAAGGUUGUCUAUGUCCAGUUGCACCCUCCUGCGGACUUCGACCAAAGGGUCGUCGACGGCUCGGACUACACGAUCGACUGGAACGAGCUGGAGCGGGCCAUAAGCCCAAGAACAAAGAUGAUUGUGUUGAACACUCCACACAACCCAAUUGGUAAGAUCUUCACCAGAGAAGAAUUGGACAAAAUCGGCAAGUUGGCGGUGAAGCACAACUUUGUCAUUCUCUCCGACGAGGUCUACGAGAACCUUUACUACAACAAGGAGUUCCCUCGGAUCGCUGCUUCUGAGGACAUUGAAGUCCAGCGCCGUACGCUAUUUGUCGGUUCUGCAGGCAAGACCUUUGCUGCCACUGGAUGGAGAAUCGGUUGGAUCAUCGGUAGCAAGGAGUUGAUUCCAUACGUGAAGGCUGCCCACACGAGGAUCUGCUUUUCGACUCCUGCUCCAAUCCAGGUUGCAGUGUCCAAGGCCAUUGCCAUCGCAGACUCGAACGGCUACUACGAGCAAAUGCGGGAGCAGUACAGGAAGAAGUACAGCAUCUUGCAGUCUGUGUUCGACGAAUUGGAGCUCCCAUACACGAAGGCAGACGGCGGUUACUUUUUGUUGGUGAACCUCAAAUCAGUGAAGUUGCCCGAACUUGAGUGGCCUGAGCUAAUUGCCAACAAGCCCCGGGACUUCAAGUUGGCGUACUGGCUGAUCCAGGAGUAUGGUGUGGUGAGCAUUCCUCCGAGCGAGUUCUACCUUCCUGAGAAUGCAGCAGUGAUGUCUGACUGCUUGCGUUUCGCCGUGUGCAAGGACGACGAAGUCUUGGAGGACGCUGUCAGAAGACUGAAGGGCCUCAAGAAGUACCUAUAG